UUGCAUGGACUGACAAUGUUGCCAUUCUCAUAAAAUUGCCAUUCUCAUGAGAUUUGCAUACCCAUAGUAACUAUUCAGCCAAUGUAGCGCUGGAACUCUGGAACUUGUUGCUGUCACUGGGCGGGCCCUAAUGAUGUUGUACGCCUAGACGGGGGGGAUGUAAUUCAAGUGAAGGAAAAUCGAGUCAAGGGAGUUACCUCAACCGCUAGUUUUUCGAGAUAUGAGAUCGGGUCAUAUUUCAUGUUCGUCUUUCUCUAAAUUAAAAAAAGAAGUGGAGAAAGAUACAAUUGAGAGUUACACAGCCAACAUUCUGCCUAUCAGCUGGUGGACAAAUUUACCCCCCCCCCCCCGUGCAUGCACAAUUUCUCAGUGUUUACAAGUGAUAGAAACCGUGCCAGCGAAGAGGGAAAAGGAUAACCUAGGAAGGAGGGAUGGUGGACAAUUCCGGUAGCAGCAAGGCACAAAUGCCCAGCAUGUCACAGGAGAGUGGUCUGGGGGGUGUCUAUCCUCAGGGAGGCACAGCAGGAGGAAUGAAGCUGGAGGCUGUCAUGGAGCAGCUGCAGCGCCAGCAGCAGGCCAGGCUGGAGAUGGAGUGCAAAGAGAGGCGGCUCCGCGAGGCCCACAUCAUGUACGCCCAGCAGGUAGCAGCGCAGCAGGCCAUCCUGGCCGCGGCCCGGGCCUCUGGAGCUGGCUUCAUGGGCAAGGCACUGGUUGGAGGUGGAGGUUCUGGGAUACCCAGAGGAGGCCCACUGUCCCGGGUCUCCAACCAGAGCAGUGUGGACUCAGAGAGGGAGGAUGAGGAGGACAGAGGCCGGGAUUCAGGGGAUGAUGAGGAGAUGAUGGAUGGAGACGAGGGGAGCGAGGAGGAAGAGGGAGGGGCUAGUGGUCUUGAGUACCUCCGCAAGCAGACACUGGCUCUACAACAGGGUGCCUCCCGCCUCCCAGCGCAUCCAUUUGGCAGUUACUCUACCUCGGGCCCCCAGCAGGUGCCAUUGCCACCUGUCAGGGUGAAGCAGGAGCCUGACGAGAGCCGCUCUCCUGCAGGGCCCCAUUCUGCCACCUCCCCCAACGGGCAGGCUGACUGGAAUAGCUUUGAGGAUCAGUUCAAACAGAAUGGGAGUGGUGCUUGGGCAGAUGAGAAUGACAGUGGAAGAGGAGGAAGAGGAGAGGCCUCCAGAGACUUUGCUAAGCUGUAUGAGCUUGACAGUGACCCCAACAGAAAGGAAUUCCUGGAUGACCUGUUCACCUACAUGCAGAAAAGAGGGACUCCAGUGAACCGCAUCCCCAUCAUGGCCAAGCAGGUUCUGGACCUGUACAUGCUUUACAAGCUGGUGACAGAGAAGGGUGGCCUGGUGGAGGUCAUCAACAAGAAGAUCUGGAGAGAGAUCACCAAGGGCCUCAGCCUGCCCACCUCCAUCACCUCUGCUGCCUUCACCCUCCGCACACAGUACAUGAAGUACCUGUAUCCCUUUGAGUGUGAGAGGAAAGGUCUAAGUUCGCCAGGCGAGCUUCAGGCGGCCAUCGACAGUAACCGCCGGGAGGGCCGUCGCCCCAGCUACAGCAGCAGCCUCUUCCGCUUCUCCCCCAGCACAGCCCCUCACAUCCUCUCCCCUCCCAAGAUGCACCUGUCUGCACUGGGGGCCGGGUCCGCUGGGAGCCUCAACGGCCUCCUGGCCUCACCCGUCCACUCUCUCAAAAAAGAGAUCACCCCCUCCUUGAUGGCAGCGGCUCGUGGUUCCUCCAUGUCCCUGGCGCUGGGGCAGCAGCAGGUGGCAGGGCUGGCGCGGGCUGCCACUCUGGAGCAGCUGAGGGAGAAGCUGGAGACUGGUGAGGGCCCUGAGAGGAAGAUGGCACGCCUGGCAGAGGAGCAGCAGCAGCGUCUGAUGCAGCAGGCCUUCCAACACAACCUGCUUGCCAUGGCCUCCCAGGUUCCCAUGAACCUGCGCCUGGGCAACAGCACCACCGCUAGAGUGGGUUAUGCAGAUGUAUGCUGCAAGACACCCACAAGGAAAUAUGAGAAGCAGCAGGACAUGGCUCUGAGCAUCUCCACCAAUGGAUCUGCUAGCAUCAGUGUGUCUGUGGAGGUCAACGGCACACUCUAUUCAGGAACCCUGUUUGCGCAGAAGUCAGGCGCACCAGGGACUAGCGUGUCCACUGCGGCAACAGUGCCCCCUGCUGGACCCAGCACUGGGUUUGGGUUCGCCACCUCUGCCCACAGUCCCAGCUCCUCCUCUUCUUCCAAGGGGCCUUGCUCAGCCGAGCCCUCCACCAGUGGCUCCCCUUAGCUCAGGCCGCCCUACCACCCACUCUCCAGGCUUUUCCUCAACACCGAGGCCUAGCAUGAAUACAGUACAUUGAUAAAUCGAUAAGAAAAAAAGAAACUGGUGCACAACAAAUACCUCAUCGCUCCUGUCAACCUUGGCUACCCAUUUAUGAAUACACAAUUCACACACCCAAUUACAUCUCAAGAGAACAUGAACACACACACACACCUAUGCAUUUUACACACAUGUACACAUACACACAUGCAUUUCAGACACCCAGCACAGACACCCUUAUCCCAAACACAUGCUAAACACAAUCAAAGAGCUCAGCCAAAACCCACUGACAGGUGUUCACAACUGAACUUGAAGAGUUUUAUUUUGUUUGUUUGUUGGCUUUUUGUUUUUUCGAAUUAAUAUUAUUAUUAUUAAUACUAUUUUUUUAGUUAUCUUUUUACAUACCUCAAAUCAAGUAACCUGCAGUGGUAUCUUUACCUCAGGAGCUGUAGUAUACUUCACCUGAAUUAACUUUAUUUUUGUAUCCUUUUUGAUCUUGUUGAAAUCAGGGGAAUUUCUGGGAAUUUCACAACGGAACCUCACUCACCUCAGCACACCUCCCACGCAUUCAUACAGUAAUCCUAUCACAACGCUCGAGUUGCCAUGACGACGGGCCGUAGCCUUUUUACUUCUGAGUGCACUACUUUAUUGAUCCUACAGAUCGCCAUGUAAUACCUCAUAUACAGUAGUCACUCCCACAAUCAAUACCAGGGAGUCACCCCCUCAUUCAGCCUAUUUGGAAUGAUGUACUUAAUCUUCAAUCUAACUCAAGAAACUGAUGGGCAAUGUGUCUAAAGGGCUUUGAGGAUCAGAAUUAGCUUUAGAUAUUUUUUUCACACACGGUAUGAGGUUAUAAGAACUGACUGAUCCGCCAAUCUAUUUAGGACUAGCAAGCCCCAAGCUCACCACCCCUCAUCUAUCUAAUAAUCAGAAAGGUAGUGAAGGUGUUCUAGUCCCUGCUCUGGGAUCAGUGUGUGUCCCUAGUUCAAUUCAACAGAGAGGAGAGACAAAUCAUCCAUCAAUGGUUUUCCUCCAACACUGGCAGACCAGACCUGAAGUGUUUUAACCACAUACCUUUUCAAACCUCAUAUUCACCUCUCCGUGUGGGAGAGGGCCCUUUCUCAGGAAGCAUAGUGAAGUCUCUUAUUAUGGACUCGCUUUGUCAUUUAAAAAAGGAUUCCACCGAAAGAAUGCGCAAGUCUAACAGACUGUCUUCAAAGAAUACCUCAGACUCUCUAGAAGGAGACGUACACUACAUACCUCAUAGCUGCAAAGCCAGCGUGACUUGACCUGGUGGUUCGAGUCCCUGUGACGAGCAACGGUCCACAGGAGUGGACUCCUCCGGAAUGCUGGACUACAUACGUAGACUUGACUACUGGGUUUUCUUGGGGACACAUUAUUAUACCAAGCUGAACAGGGAUGGGCUUGCUCUCCCCCGGUUUUCUCUGUAUUUGUUUGGUUUACUUCAUACUGCGUUUUAUGAGAUGAAAUCUAUUUAAGAGUAUUGCUCUGCAUGUGUACAAUCAGGUGGCCAGUAUUUUACACCGUAAUCAUCUACAUGUGUGGUAGCCUCUGGCCGUUGCACAGCUGAAUACCAAAGACUAGCCCUGUCCCCUGCCCAGGCUGUUAUGGGCUAGCUGCUGUGGGUUAGCUGAAUAGGCUAGCUGAACCACUAGGUAGGAUACAGUGGAGUAAAGAAUGGGUUCCAUGUUAGCCCAUCUUCUAUAGUCCCUGCUGUUAAAGUUGUCAGCUCUGGUCAUGUUGCUUUAUUAGCUUCUUAAUCAGACCUUUGCCUACCUGUGAUUGAGUCUUGGGCCCGGUAUGGUUCUGCCUGGCAUGGCACCCAUCGCCUGACAUACCAGGGAUAUACCUCAGUGAGUUAUGCUGCAGUGAACAGUGCAUGACACACAAGGCCCUUUGGCAUGACCUCUACAUUGAAUAAGACAGAAAGGGUAGCUGUUUUGACAGCUGGUUUCUCUGUCUAAAUUCAAAGUCCAGGCCUCCCAAAUUUCUCAGACACAUCCACAGUUACAGUAUUUCCAUUCUCAAACUGUUCAAGUAAUUACUCUGCAUUUUUAAUAGAACAUGAUUUGAAUGAAAUGAAUUUCUACCAUUAUCUGUGAGGCAUUUAACUGUUUCUAAACCUUUCACCCCUGAUCUCCUGUAAUCUCUGAGGUGGGCAGCCUUGUUGCUUUUAGUAAGCUGUGUUUUAGCUGUUAUUUGUUGGCUUUUGUGGACUUUUUGCAGUGCAGACCACAGGCCAGGAUUACAGGACCACCACAACAUAUAUACAAUGACUAAAGAGACACCUGCAAUCCCUCGUGAUGAAAUAUUAUGUCCACAUUUAAUAAAGGUGAAAGAUGUAGUUGCUGCCUUAAAAUCAUCUGUGAGAGAACAGUGAACCUUUCAGGAGCUCUCUGCUAGGAAUGACUGUUUUAUCUUCAAGCUUAAUCCUUUGAAGAGUAAACUAUUUCCAUUAUCUUUAUGAAUUCAAUCAGACAUUAAGGCAUUCAUCAAUCAUGUUAUUGGUUUCAAAACCAAGGUAUGCUAUUUAUUUGUGUCGAUUUUUUUUCUUCUGAUGGACCGAGUUAGCUGGAUCACUUAGGUGGUGUCACAAAACCCCUUUUUCGUUUCUCUCGUUGUUUUAGGAACGGACAUUUCUGUUUUUUCCAAUCAGUCUAGUCAAUGACUGUCUGCCAGUGUAUCCUUACAGCCUUUGCAUGAGAGAGGGAGCGUGUGUAUGAGUGUGAGAGCAAGUUCAGAAUAUGCUGGAGGAGGGUGUGUAACAACCAUGUAAUGCCAUGUAGGAGACUGCAGGUGGUGCUGUCCUCUAAGACCUCACCAUGACAAGGGUGGGCAACAAGUUAGAACCACAUUUACUGGGAAUUCAGUUUACAGCUCGGGCUUAUGUGGGUUACAAUUGUUGGUGUGUGUGUGUGUGUGUGUGUGUGUGUGUGUGUGUGUGUGUGUGUGUGUGUGUGUGUGUGUGUGUGUGUGUGUGUGUGUGUGUGUGUGUGUGUGUGUGUGUGUGUGUGUGAGAGAGAGAGAGAGAGAGAGCUCUUGAAGACCCCCUACCUCAGGGCAUUGGGCUGCAGUCAUUGUUGCAUUUGAUAUUGAAGUUAUGCAAUUGGCAUGUAUACUGAGGGACACAUCCAAAUGCAAAUCUUGGAUGACCCAAAAGCUAUCUACUGACUUGCUAAAUGCUAUUUUAGACUGGUUCGGUUUUUGUCGCUUUUUGAUUUUUGUCGUCAGUUACAGGCAAGGUCACAUCACUCAAGAAACUGUGAAGUUGAAAGUCUGCAGAACCUUGUCCCUGGAUGGUUUGGAUUUUAUUAGAUUUUUAAUUAUUUAAAUCUAACCUGAUCUGUGUAAUACAAGUGCAUAUGCAAGUGGUUAUUGAAUACCUCAUUAAUCAAUUCUGUUGUUUUUGGCUUGUACAAUGCUCCGUAUAUAAAUCUGUGAGGUUUGUGCAUAUUUUUGUACUGUUAUUAUUAUUAUUAUUAUUAUUAUGGACAUGAUAAUGAUAUUAUAGUUUUCUCUUUUGAUUAAAACAAAAUUGGGACAACGUAAAUGCUUGUAAAACUGGUUUGUGCUGAUUGUAUUUAAAAGAGGAGCACUUUUCCAAAGUGAUUUUGUCAUUCAGUUUUGUUCACAUUAGUAAUAUAAAGAUAUGGUUCUCAGGGCUUUAAACGUGUAUGUCAUGAUAAAGUUUUACUUUAUAUCUUA